CUUGCCGCUGCCGACCACCGCUCGCCCUUCGCUCUGCAUCCCCACGAUGGCGCCUAGUCACCCGCCCAGUCAGCACCGUUCCCUCGCGGUCUCGCCUCUUCUCUCUUUCUCUCCCUUCGGCUCGCCGCCGAGCCAUGGAGGCUCUGCCACCGGCUGCUGGUUCGCCCGUCCCCCGCACUGUGCGGGCCCCGCGACCUCCUGCCGUUCCUCCUGCUCGCCACGCUGCACGGGCCUGCGGGACACGAUGGCCUCGACCUCCUCGUCGACGCUGUAGUCGAAGGAGCCGCCAAGCAAGUAGGUGCGCCGGCGCUCCGAAGUCUAGCGGACGUGCCCCUCCUCCCCACGCGCGCUGCUCCCUUGCAUCUGGGCCGCCCCUGUAGUCCAACGCCGGCGUCCCGCCCCUGCAGACUAGCGCCCGGCGAUCUGCCCCUGCAGUACAGCGGCCGGCAACCCGCCUCCUUUGCAGCACCCGCUUCCCUCUCCGAUUCUUCUCCACCGAACAAUCAAGAUGCUAGCAGCUGCAGCCCUUGCAAUUUCUCCCUCCCUCUCACAAACCAGCGUGCAUCUGUUCGUGUUCUUCCACGGCUCGCCCGAUUCGCCGUCCCUAGAUGCAGCCGGUCGCAGCCACGAGCACCAUGAGCUGCGUGUCGCCGACUUGCACCCGUUCCACCCGUCCUCGUCACCGUUACAUCGCCGGAGCGCCACCGCCGUGAGGAGCCGAGCACCGCCGCUUCCCUUGCACCGAUUCGUCGUUCCCGCUGCACGCCGGCGAGGACUGACGCCACCACGUGCACCUCUCGCCAAGACGCAUACAAUCUCCGGGUCCUCGUCGCCCAUUAGCCACCACAGCGCCGUCCCCGCUUGGACAUCCUGUGCGUCGGCCGCCUCCUCCGAUUCCGGCAGCCACGUUUGUCCCCCGCCCCUGGCCCUCCGAGAAGGUGGCGUUAGCGGCGGGUGCGGCGGCCCUGUUCGCGACGGCGUCCGCGCCGGCGGCGGGACGCGCCUGCUCGCGACGCCGUCCGCGCGCCGAGGCCUAGCACCACGCCCCUGUCACCGCGACGGCAUCCACGUGCUCCGGCCAUGGGCCCUGCUCGCGACGGCGUCCGCGCCGGCAGCGGGGCGCGUCUGCUCGCGACUGCAUCCGCGUGCUCCGCCCCAGCGCAGGCGGCCCGGCUGCUUCGCGCGCUGCCUCGCCACGACAUGCGCUCCAUGUUUCUCGCGCGCGGAGGCCACGUCGCUCGUCCCUGCGUUGGAGGCGGCGCCAUUCUUCCCCACGGGGGCCACGUUCUGCCUUCGCCAACGCCGGCCGGUCCGUGGAAGAGAUGGCGUCACUGACUUAACUGACAGAGUGCUACAUUCGGGUAACGUUGGAGCUUUUUAGUGAUAUUUUACGGUGCCAUAUGGUUUUAGUGGUAUUUUACUAAAGUCAUCGUCUUUUGAUGCUACACAGCCAAUUUUCCCAUAAGAAAAAUCCACGGGAUAAGAUGGAGAGGGUUUCAUAUAUUGGCGACGCCGACCGAUGGGCUCGACACUUAUGUCAACUUUGGAAAAACUCCGUAAGAUGGAGAGGGUUUCAUAUGUUGGCGACGCCGAUCGAUGGGCUCGACACUUAUGUCAACUUUGGAAAAACUCUGUCUCUUAUACCAGUCUUAGUGGGAGUGUCAUCGACAUAGUUAUUAAGACUGGAAACUUAAGAACUGUGCCAGUAGAGUGUCAUGG